CCUGUACCACCCGUCCCAGGUGGAGAUCGUUCAGUCCAACGUGGUGUUUGACAUCAGCAGUCUGAUGCUGUACGGAACACACGCACUUCCUGUUCGCCUCAAGAUCCUGCUGGACCGUCUGUUCAGCGUCCUCAAGCAGGACGAGGUGCUGCACAUCCUGCACGGCCUCGGCUGGACCCUCAGAGACUACGUCCGGGGCUACAUACUGCAGGAUGCUGCAGGCAAGGUGCUGGACCGCUGGACCAUCAUGUCCCGUGAAGAGGAGAUCAUUACCCUGCAGCAGUUUCUACGCUUCGGAGAGACCAAAUCCAUCGUGGAGCUCAUGGCGAUCCAGGAGAAGGAAGGCCAAGCGGUCACGGUGCCCUCGUCAAAGGCUGACUCUGGCAUCCGGACUUUUAUCGAAAGCAACAACCGCACUCGCAGUCCUGGCCUCCUUACACACUUGGAGAACAGCAGCCCUUCUAGUAUCCAUCAUUUUGAGAACAUCCCCAACAGUUUGGCUUUCCUGCUGCCCUUUCAGUACAUCAAUCCUGUCUCAGCUCCCAUGUUGGGGCUGCCGCCUAAUGGGCUAAACUUGGACCAAGCAGCUCUGAGGCUCCGAGAGCCAAACCUUUCCAAUCAGAGUGAACCAGUAGAGAGCAGUGAAUCUGAAGUGUCUCUAUCGCCUUUUCGAAACAGCCAGAGUCCAAACCGAGGCGCCAUAGGGGCCAUUCCCAAUUCCAUUGAGCCCAAGACGGAACCUAAUGGAUCAUCACCUAUCACAACAACUCCAUCUGCACAGCAAGUCCAACAACAGCAAACACAGCAGCAGCAGCAGCAGCAGAUCCAACAACAGCAGCAGUCCCAGUCCAAUGCCAUAAAUGACCACCACUUUGUGAAAAAUGAGCAGUCAAAGAACCUUCACUCUUCGUUCUCUUCCAAGAUGCACCGCAUGCGGCGCAUGGGUACUCCGUCACGCAAGGGUCGCGUAUGCUGCAAUGCCUGUGGCAAGACCUUCUACGACAAAGGCACUCUAAAGAUCCACUAUAAUGCUGUACAUCUGAAGAUCAAGCAUCGUUGUACAAUCGAGGGAUGCAACAUGGUCUUCAGCUCCCUGCGUAGCCGCAAUCGCCACAGCGCCAAUCCCAACCCUCGCCUCCACAUGCCUAUGCUGAGAAACAACCGAGAUAAGGACCUCAUUCGCUCUACUUCCGGAACGGCCACCCCAGUCAUCUCUAGUACCAAGAGUGGAUUCACUCUAACAAGUCCUGGACGGCCUCCACUAGGCUUUGCAACUCCUCCUCUCGAUCCAAUGAUGCAAUCCCCUCUUCAAAGUCCUCUGGUCUUCCCAUCCCUGAAGUCUGUGCAGCCAGUACAACCCAUCCCACCUUUCUACCGCAACUUGCUUUCUCCUGCUGACAUUGUGAGUCCUCCGGUGUCCCUUCCCACCAGUCCAAUUUUACCCACUACCACCAACAGCACCUCCAUUAUGGACCAACAGCAGCAGAUCUUAGCUGCCAGCUCCAACAACAUCCACAUGUCUGAGACAGGAACUUUGUCUCACCACCUUUCCACCACCUCAGGUGCCCCGGAUCCCAUCGCCAUCGACCCUACGCCCAAGAAGAAGCCUCGCAAGUCCAGCAUGCCUGUAAAGAUCGAGAAAGACCGAGAGGUACCGGAGGAUUACGAUGACAAAGACGACGAUGAUGAUGAUGACAGUUGCCAUCAUCGUCACCCUGCAUCUCACCUCCACAAUAAUAUCAAUGGAAACUGCAACAAUAACAACAACAGCAGCAGCGGGCAUCAGUCGCCCUCCCAGGAUGAGAUGACGGAAGGCACCAGUGAGCUGCGCUGCAUGGACAGCUUCACCUCCGAGGACCAGGACCACGAGCGUGACUUUGAGAAUGAGUCUGAGACUUCUGAGUCCAAGAUGUUCUACCGUGAUGAGCCGAUGGACGCGGAAGAGCAUCGCCACACCUCCAGAAGAAACAUGGACAAAGAAAAGGAUGAUGGAGAGGAAGACGGACACAUCCAUAAAGAGAUGGAAGAAAAGAGACGCUCCUCGUCGUCCCCACAUCAACCGGUCAUCAAAAUCAAAGAAGAACUCAACGAUCCUACCUACGACAUGUUCUGCAUGGGGCAAUACAACCUGUACAACGGUGGAAUGGCUGCCGCAGCUGCAGCCGCUGCAAGUAUGGCUGCCUUGCACGAGAGCUUCAUCUCCUCCAUGGGUUACGGAUCAAGUUCACCGAAAUUUCACUCCCAGUCUCCAGAGGGCGAUCUCUGCUCCAGCCCCGACCCUAAAAUCUGCUACGUCUGCAAGAAGAGCUUCAAGAGCUCCUACAGUGUCAAACUGCACUACAAAAAUGUGCACCUAAAAGAGAUGCACGUCUGCACGGUGGCCGGAUGCAAUGCUGCUUUCCCUUCCCGACGAAGCCGAGACAGGCACAGCUCCAACAUCAACCUCCACCGCAAACUUCUAACCAAAGAACUUGACGACUUCGUCCUCGACCCCCAGCUCAUGCCGCUGCCCCGGGACAUGCGCGCUGAAUUAGCGGCCAAAAUCUACUCCGGACACCGACACGAGGACCCCGUGUCCCCCAUAGGCAACGGUUACCGCGGCGACGGCGAUUACGCGGCGCUGGACCUGAGCACGGCGUCGAGCAUCCACUCCAGCGGCAGCGUCCAGUCGUCACGCGAUUCGGACGAGGCCAGCGAUGAAGGCGUGCUCCUGGACGAGCUGGACGUUAGCGAGGGAGAGGAAGCGGGGCCGGGGUUAGGUGAAGGGGCGGGGCUGGUGACCUCCGACCCCGCCUCCUCGCCGUCAGCAGGCGCUAACGGCGGCAUCCUGUGCACGAUCUGUCACAAAAUGUACAGCAACAAAGGGACGCUGCGUGUGCACUACAAAACUGUUCACCUGCGCGAGAUGCACAAGUGCAAAGUUCCCGGGUGCAACAUGAUGUUCUCGUCCGUCCGCAGCCGGAACCGACACAGCCAGAACCCCAACCUGCACAAAAACGCACCCUUCAUCUCCAUGGUCGACUAGCCCCGCCUCCCGUUCCUCACAGACACGCCCAUUUAUCAACACACUCCGCCCUCCGUCCCUGCAUUUCAGUGUCAAAAUGUGUCAAAGGUCAGUCCUUUCACGUGACGAUCAGACGAUAAACCUCGGACGCGUCACGUCAGUGCUCCCUUUUUGACUUUUUUUUCUUCUUUGGGAGAAUUUGGAUUGGACGUUUCUCCGAGGGCGCUUCUCUUGGUUUGCUUGAUUCCAAAAUGGCCGCCCUUUUGAUCUUUUUUUUUUUUUUUUUUUUUUUUUUUUUGUCCAACUCCAUAGAAGUUCCUCAGACUCUUUAUGUGUGACUGUUGCCUGCAGAAAACGGUAUUACUGAAAAAAAUGAAUAAUAAUAAUACGAGAAAAAAACGUCUCCUUGUUGUAUUUGUGUAACGAUAGCUUUACGAAAAAAAAAAAGAAUCCCGUACAUACCUAAAGCAUGAACGGUUUCAAUUUGUAAAUAACGUCCUGAGAGGCUUUUUGGUGUAAAACAAUUGUAUUGAUGGUCGCUUGCUCUUUUUUUUCUUUCUUUCUUUUUUAAAUUUUUUUUUCCUUUGCUGUUUAUUUUUCUCUUUUUUUCCUUUAUGUUACAGUUCAAUCUUUCAGCUCAAAGUGUAGGUGACAAGAGGUAGCAUUUUACUAGCUUGAUUCAUUUAUAUUAACGUCAAAACAAAAAAAUAAAAAGGAAAAAAAUUUACCCAAGAACAAAAAAAAAAAAUAUUGUGACUCGUUUUAUCUACUUGUGAGAUAUGGCGACGGAGCUGGCAUGCUUUCAGGCUCCUAAACGACUCCUUUCUCAUUUUUUUUCUUCUUUCUCUUAUUUUUUUUAAAAAAAGAUUUAGUAAGACAGCGUUUAGUUUUUUUGCACUUUGCAUCUAUAACGAGCGGGAUGUGUAAUAUUAUUACGAAGAAAAAACACUUCGCAAUGUUCGAGUUAGUCAUGGCCGGAAGGGAAAAUAAAAUAAAAUAAAAUAAAAAAAUUGUAUCUUUACAGAAAUGUACCAGUUUUGCACUUGUGUUCAGUUAAAAAAAAAAAAAAAAAAACAAUUAAAAAUUUGUAUAAUCUCUGACGACCCACAUUCGAGCAGGACAAAUAAAACGUAAACGUAUUUAAACGGCGUUUCCGCUGCAGGAUUUCUGAUCAGCCGAUUUUCUGCAGAAAAAAGUAUUCGUUCAUGUGGCUGUAACGUAUUAACCCGAGAAUUAGCUCCCAGAUUAAAUACUGCAUGUGCUGUUAUCAUACACGAGUAGGCAUGUGCUGAAAACCGGUCGUACGAUAUAUCGCAAAACUUCAACACGCACAAUAUUGUUAUCGUGAACUUCAGUAUUCGUUCCAUUUCACCAUUUACAGAUGGUUUGUUUCCAGUCAGGACGUGUUAGGGUCUUUUUUUUCGGACGCGAUGUCAUGAUAAAUAUCGUAUUUUACGAUAAAAUGUACGUAAUUAUCGCAAUAUGUAAAUUUAACAACGGCUCGAGUUUGUACUUCCGUUCACACUGGCAGCGAACUGAUACGAUUUUUAAUCACGGUUGCAAUUUACAAUGACGGUGAAUUUUUUUUUUUUUAGUAAAACAGGGCGGGGCUUAGUUUAUCUUUAAUCAGCCAAUCACAAACUUGACUCAGUGACAUCACUGUUAUGCUUUAUCUUCACUUCUUUGCCUUGGAUAAUUCAUAUUCAGCUACAGUAACUAAACUCUAGCUAGCAUAAUGUUAGCCAGCCAAGUUUGCUAGCAAGCUAGGGGUGGAGCUUAGGUUAAAUUUAAUCAGCCAAUCACAGUCACCAUUGUCCUUUCUCUACUUUUCACAACUUUGUUUGAGCAACUCCAACUAAACGAGCCCAGCUAGCUUAGCUUAGCUAACAUAACGUUGCCAGUGGCUAUUUGAUGGUAACUAGCCAGCCAAGUUUGCUAGCAAGCUAGUCAAUGCUACGAUAACUGUAAUAAUGUGAAAAGUCAUUAGGCUAAAAACUACGCUGGGUCGAAGAUGUAAAAAGAACAGCUAGUCAUUAUUUUAGCAAAAUGCAGCUCUGGGAAAAUGUUAGCUUGGCUGACAUUAAGUAUCUAGCUCACAACAUGCUAGCUAGCAUCAGAUUGAUUGUGCAAAAGAAAAGUUUGCGUCGAAUUUUUAAAAGGAACUGAUCACAUGUUAUCUAAGCUCCGCCCACGUCAGCGUAAAGAUGCCAUCAGUCAGUGAAAUCAAAAAGCGAAAAAAAAAGAAGAUGAAGUGGUGGAGUUUUCCCUCGAUAUCGGUGUGGCGUCCGUGUUUAGUCUUAAAAUCCCGAGUCUUAAUUCUUUUUUUUGGGGUUCAGUCUUUGAAAAGUCGAGCUGUUUAACAGCGGCGUCGACGUGUCGAGGUACGAAACGAACCUGAGUGAAAAGUCUUUUACGCUGAGAGUGUGAUGCGUUUGAUACAGUACAGUGAACGCACCCCUUUUUCUCUGCAGGUAAAAAAAAACAACAAGCUCGUAGCAAUGCCACUUUCCACUUGUAUUUUUCACUCUGAUGCUGACGGGAGGAAGGAGGAAGGAGGAAGGAGACAGUGAGGCAGCGAGGCAGCGAGGUUCGCGAGAGUCAUUAAAUUGGAGGCGCAGCACGCCGGAGGCAGGAGCGCCGUCUCUGCGCUGAUCUGUCUAAUAACUCGCUUGUCACUUCGUUACGUUUAGAGACGGUGAACGCUGCUGACAUGCUCAUGUCACACACACAUCCGACCCCCUCUCUCUCUCUCUCUCUCUCUCUAUUUCUUUCUCUUAUUCUCUUUCUCUCUCUCUCUCUCUCUCUCCCUCUCUCUCCGUGUUUUGGGUUCCGCAGGGACGUGGGUUAAUAACGCACGCUUAAGUUCCCCGUCACCCCGAAUAACAGGAGGUGUAAUUGCCUGUUUAUCCCAUGCGAGGGGAAAAAUUGAGCAUCGAAAGCCAGCGUCUUCUCCAGAGUCGCAUUUUCUCUCACUGCUGACAGCUGUCUCUCUCUCUCGCUCUCUCGCUCUCUCGCUCUCUCUCUCUCUCUCUCUCUCUCUCUCUCUCUCUCUCUCGCUCACUCUCUCGCUCUCUCUCUCUCUCUCUCUCUCUCUCUCUUUCUCUCUCGAUUUCUCUCUGUCCGGCGAGAUGACAGCAGCAAGAGGACUUGUUAACCUCCGGUGAUGGACGAGGCAGAAAGAAAGGCAGAGUCUUCCUUUCUUUCUUUCUUUCUUUCUUUCUUUCUCUUUCAUCUCUCACUCUCCUUUUUUUAAAAUUUUUUUCUUCUUUAAUAUGCUGUUUAUUUCUUAAUUUCAUUACUUUUUGCACUUCUUUCAUUCUUUAUCCUCUUUUGUUGCUUUAUUUCUUACGUUCUUUUUCUUUCUUUCAGCUUUCAUUUUUCUUAUUUUUGGUUAAUCGUUUUUUCUGUUGCUUCCCUUCUUCCUGUUCUCCCCUUUUUCUUUUUAUUUCUUCUUCGUUUUCCUUUCUAAGUGUCUUUUUAUUUCCUUUGUAUGUUUAUCUAUUUGUUUUUUUUUUGUAUUUCCUUUUCUUUCUUUUAUCUUUUUCUUUCAUUCUUCCUUUUACUGUUUCUUCAUUUUUCUUUCCUUCUUCCUUUUUUCUUACUUUCUUUAUUAAUUUUUCCUUUGUCUAUAAUUUUUCAGUUCCUUUCCUUCCCUUUUCUUUUAUCAUCUGUUUUUCCCUUUCCUUCUCCCCAUACUCCUUUCUUUCUUUCUGUCUUUCUUUUAGUUUCUUUCUUCUAUCCUCUCUCUCUCUCUAUCUCUCUCUCUCUCUCUCUCUCUCUCUCUGUGCUGAAGGAGACAGAAAGCCGGCCCGGUCGUGUGUUAGUGAGACUGAGAGACAGGAAGAGGGAAAAUCUUGUUAAAAUCCAGAACGAAUGCUGAUUUUAUUCUCCUGGUUCUGUUCAGGUUUAAAAAAAAAAAAAACGUUUUAGACGUUAGCACACAGUGAAGAAUGAAAUGUAACGACUCCGAAACACGAUCUGGUGAGAGGAACUGUCUCGGCACACACACACACACACACACACACACACACACAGUGUUUCCGAGGUCGGAGAUGAACUAGCGCGCUUUGGCUAAGCCGGCAGUUCUGAUACUAAAUGAGCUGCGGAGUCGGUGCUGACGCAGAGAAAGAGGAAAAAGGGAACAGACUCAGCACGAAAGAGAGACAGAGGGAAAAAGAGAGAGAGAGAGAGAGAGAGAGGGAGAGAAAGAGGGGGAGAAAUAUGUACACUACAUCCUAAAAAAAUAUCACGUCAUGACUCUACAGGAUGUUUACAUCUGACUUUUUAAAUAUGUUAAAAAUUUUUACUGAAUCUUUUUUAAACAAUUUUAAACAUUCAGUAAAAAAUUUUAACAACAAAAUCUAAAAUUUAUAAUCGUGAGAAAAACACAGGCGAUACCAGCGAUAUCUCGGAGAAAUGUACUGUGAUGGAAUUGAUCACGAUCCUGAUGUUAUAUCAUCCUCUCGCCCGGCGCUCAGCACGAGUUUCAGGAAAUAAAAUAAAAUAAAAUAAAGUAUAAUAAUAGCAUUAAAGACGCAGUUGAGCCACAGAUGAAGUCAGAGUUUUCUUGCAGUGAAAUGUAGUCGAUCAGCUCAAGCAAAAACAUCGUUAAAGUCAAAGUUUUUAUGAUGUAUUUAUUUUUCAAAGACGACUGUUGUGCUCGUAUACGACUAAAAAUAAACAUACGACGUCUUUUAGAGCUGCGAACGGACAGGAGCGGAGAUCUGUAAGUGCUUCAGAGGACAUCGUUAAACACCGUAACUUUGUUUUUAAAUAAAUAUUGUGUAAGAUCGUGGUGAUGAUUUAGCUUUAAUAUCAUCAUCACCACUUCCAGUUUAUUGGGUACAGUUUCUACAGUAAACUCCGGGGGGGGGCGUGGCCUAAGGGGGGCGGAGCGUAAAGGGCCGAGUAACUAUGGUCAUUUUAAAAAAGAUGGCAGCCCUCGUAAAUAAUGUUCUACUUGAAAUUUCGUUCAUGUUUUUGCUGAUCGAGUAGAUUUUGCGGUAAAGGGGAAACAUUUCAGACCUUUAACUGUGUUUACAUUCAUAUCAACAUCAAAUACGCCAUUUAAUUAAAUCAGAAUCACGUGACACAGCAUCCUGUUCCUUUUUAUCACACGUGUGUGUGUGUGUGUGUAGAGAGACGCUUUUCCCUUCGCUGGUUAACAAAAAAAUUUUUUUUUUAAUAAUGGCCGUUUUAUUCCCCGCCUUUAAAAACACAGAGUGGGCGUGGCUUCUCCAUUUCCCUCAGCAUCGGCGACGUUUUAAUAUUUUAAUAUCGACACUUUGAUUCGACGUUCUGAGACAAACGGAGCACUUAGAAAACUGCAGAUGCGAAAACAGUGGGUCAAAUAAGAAGAAAUUAAUAAUGAAUAAAAAUAAAAAAAGGAAUAAAAAAUUCACAGAUUAUAUAAUCCAACACAGCAUUUCUUCCUUAUGUAAGAUAAAUGAUAUUAAUAAAAAUAAUAAUAAUAAUAAUAAUUAAAGGUAUUUGAGCGUGGUAUGUAAAGUGAAAAUGAAAAAAUAACAAGAAAUUAAAAUCCGUAAUUCAGUAUUGAAUAUUUACUCAUUUUUGUCCACAGAUAACUCGUAAGCUUGAACACUUUUUUUGUGUGAAUACUUUCCUUUUCUUUUUUUUUGUUUUUAUACACCCGCUGGCUUUGGGCCGUGCUGUUCGCUGUGUUUCGUCCUGUUCGUUUCGUGUUUAUUGGCUUGGAUUUUUGCGCCGAGCUUCAUGAAUAGUGCAUGGGCCCUGAACAGCGUUUUUCCAUUAGGCACACUCGAGGAAGAAAAAGAAUUAAUGAAUAAAAAAAUAAAGGUCCUGUUUGGUUUCUUUGUUUGAACUGAUUUGCUUCUGCGUGUAUCUUCUGUAUCAUAGCUGACUGUCGAUGGUUUUUGCAUUAAAUGCAUAAAGGGUUUCGGGAUGUAAAUGGAAUUUUAUUCAUAUUUUGUCCAAAUACCUCUCUUGUAAUUUGUAUCAGAAUUCUUGUACAAUUUUUAUAUUAAAGAUUUAUCAGUCACUGGCACGCCGAGCUCCUGUUUCCUCCCGAGAGUGUCUACGUCUCAUCCUUCCUUAAAAACACUCUUUCUUUCCUUCAUUUCUCCUCCUUAUUUAUUUCUUUUUCUUCUUUGAUUUCUGUACAGUGGAUCGAAAAAUUUUACACACCCCUGUUAAUAUUACAGUGUUUUUUUUUGUUUUUUUUUUGCACUUUUAAUGUGAAAUAGCAACAAACAACAUUCAAGUGAAAAUGUGAGAAAUGUUUUAGAAAAAAAAAAGAAAAAAUAUAAUAUCCUGGUUGCACAUUUGUGCACAUCUUUUAAUUUUUUUAGAAUUAUGUCCAAAAACUUCGAGCCUGGUCUCAUCAGAUCGUACCAACAUUUUGCCACAUGGUUUGAAGUGAUUUAGAGAUGUGAAGAAUACGAGAGACUGUAUCUCAUGCAGGGAGUGAGCAGACCUCGCCAGAUGUUCCUGCAGCUGCUUUAAUGUUGCUGUAGGUCCCUCAGCAGCCUCCCUGGUAAGUUUUUGUCUUGUCCUUUGGUCAGUUUUGGAGGGACGUCCUGUUCUUGGUGUCACUGUGGAGCUCCAUUUUCUCCUCUUGUUGAUGAUGGACUUCGCGGUGUUCCACGCUACAGCUAAUGUUUUAGAAAUUCUUCUGUACCGCUCUCCUGAUCCAUAUCUUUCCACAGUGAGAUCCUCUACAGGCUUUUUCAGCUCUUCAGCCUCAGCAGUCGGAUGAAACCCAGAAGAUGUGAAGAAACUCGUACAGAAACAGCUGAUCUUUAUUUGGUGUUAAUCAGAAUCACUUCAGUGAUGACAGCUGUAUGAUGAUUAGUUUUCAGCAUGAGUGUGAUUGGUUCAUUCUGAGCACAGUCACAUGACCCAUUAUAAAAGGGUGUGUAUACUUUUGCAACCAGGUUAUUGGAAGUUUUUUCUUUUUCUUUUUUUCCCCUAAAAUGUUUAUUUGUUGCUCUUUCACAUUAAAGGUGGAAAAAAUCAGA